GGGUUAGGUAAAUUGAGUUUGCUUACUGGUGUAGCAGUUGUAAUCAGAGAACAGACAAGUAUAGUUUUGCCAACAACUGGGUCGUGAAUGUGAAAAGAAAUAAUUUUCUAUUAGCCUGAUUGGUGCUCAUGAAUUUAUCCGGAAGACAGGGUGUAUAAUCAGCUCAGCAUUUCUUUUAGGGAUAGAUGAAGAUUUAUUCUAUCAACAAGAAACUUUUAAGAUGUUAAAACCCCUGACUGUGGGUCUCUGUUAAUUAAUAGCGCGUAAAUAGCUCAAACGCACAAUAACAGUGCAGACAUAUUACGCAACGACAUCUAAGUAAAGCUUGAUACAAGCUAAGCUUAAAUGCUGCACUCUAUUUACAACUCAUAAGUAGAGACAAAUAACCAGACCGCCUUCAUGCGUUUGUGCGAGUAUGUCAAUGAAAGUAAGUUAAAGUUCAAAUAGCGACAACUUUAUUGUGAGAUUACUUGAGGCUGAUAAAAGUGGCAAUAAAAAUGCGGCAAGUCUGCGCGCCGAUGCUUUAUUUGUGAGAGAUUGCGCGGCUAUUUGCAUGUGUCUAGCAAAAAAGUAAUUAUUUAUUUAGAAUAAAAAGUGAAAAAAUCAAAGAAAGAUUAUAAGAAAGUGAAGUGAAACCAAAUAAAUAUUUUAUAGACUUUAUUUAAAAAAUAUGAAAAAAAUUCAAAUGAAGCAAAAUCAAUGAAUUAACACUUCAGUAGUGGAAAUAAGCGCCGCGUACAAAAAGCUAGUCAAAAUGUUUACAAUGAAAAUAAAUUUCAUAAUUGUAUGCACAUUAAUUAAGCUGACAGUUGCAAGUGAAAUUUGUGACGCGAGUGUGUUGCUGAACGCGCCAGCCAGUCGGCAAGCAUUAGACGAGACAUUUCAACGCACAUCGCCGCUUUAUGGCUUAUCAGCAAUCAGUAAUGAGUAUUUAAUCAGAAAACAGUGCCACGAGCACUUGCAGCUCUUCCGAAAUGGUGUACAACAGAAGCUGCCUUGGGCGCUGAAAAUGUUCGACGCCUCGGCGAGCCUUGAGCCAGGCUUCACAUUCGGUCAUAAUUUCUGGUUGGGCAAUAGUGAAGUCUGUCACGCCGUCGCUCAGCCGGUGACUUCGCAGACAUCACCCAAUUUACCACAUCACAUGAAAGCCGAGCUGCUGACCUCCGUAGCGCCUUUCGCCGCCGACUUUCGCGUAAUCUACCUACGUCACAACUCCAGCUGGCAAGUGGAUCCGAUCGUAAUUGCAUUUGGCAUACGGGUGCAUGUGGGUAUUUGUCUGCCGAGCUCAUGUGCGGAGCACGAAAUACGCGGCCUCAUGGAAAUUUACUUGGGUAGCGAUCGCUUUGCCGCCAAUGCACUGUACGAUAUGAACUUGCAAUAUGAUUAUGCAAAGGAUCUGAAGCCGAAGGCGGCUACUUUUCGUAGAACUUCAUUUUAUUUUUGUUGUCUUUUUAUUGCAACAACAAUUGGUUUGACCAUUGCUGCUGGCAUGUCGCGAACCACAGCGGUCGUGAAAGAAAAUUAUAACAACAAAACUGCUGUUGAAUCGCAGGGAGCAUGUGAGACUAUCGCUGAGAGUAAUACUGCAACUGAAAAUGUGCAGCCGGAGCAUCAGCUGUCGGUUGUUGCCUCGAGCUUUAUAGCCUGCUAUGACAUCCAAGCCAAUUGGCAGCACAUCUUUAAGCCGGCUAAAGCGAGUCACACAUUUGCUGCUCUCAAUGGCAUACGGUUUGCCAGCGCCGGUUGUGUCGCCGUGUACCAUUAUUUAAUGUCUUUAUUCAGUGGCACAAGAAAUAAGUUGACGCUCUUCAACUAUCAAGUGCAUGUGGGAAAUGUUGAUGUAUUUGUGGAUAUAUUUUUUACGAUUAGCGGAUUCCUACAGUCUUAUAAUCACUUUCGAAACGUCAAGUUGCUGCAGGCGAUACGACAAAAUAAUUUGAAGCAAAACUUAGUAUUGAUAGGACUACAUAUAUUUCAUCGUUAUUUGAGAUUAGCACCCUUGUACUUUCUCACUAUCGGCUUAUCAGAUUUUGGUGCUCAACUUAUGGAUGACAUAUCAAUUUAUCAUAUCGAGCAUAAAAUGAACCGGAACUGCGAAAAAUAUUGGUGGCGCAAUUUAUUCUUCAUUCAAAAUUUCUACGAUCACAACGACAUGUGUGGACUCUGGACAUGGUCACUGGCGUGUGACAUGCAGUUCUCGGUAUUGGCCACUAUAUUACUUUUCCUAUAUGUCAAACAUCCAAAACGUACCAAAUUGUGCUUAGCAGGUCUCGCUGUGGCAAGCAUACUGUACACUUACAGUUAUGGACUCAAAUUGAAUUUCGAUGGCGCAUUGGAGUCAACAUUAGCCUUUCUAACGGAAAUCUACAUGCAUCCGUUAGUACGCAUUUUGGCGUACAUCGCUGGUGGCAUCGCUGGUUGGUACUUUGUUGAGCAGAAGCACUUGCCAUUUAUCGUGGGCAAGAAGACACAGCAGUAUAUUAGCUAUUUGGUGGCACUCGUAUUUUUCGGCUGCAUAUUCAAACCGCCCUUUCAAACACUCUCGCCGUUCACUUCCACCUCCAUUUUAUUGCUGGAACGCAUCAUCUUUGCACUCACAAGCAGUAUUUUGAUUGUGUCCAAUGCGCAUGGGCGCAUGCGUUGGUUUUUUCGCUUCUUCGAGACGGCCUUUUUCCAGAAAUUUAAUAGAGUUGUCUACGCAAUGUUUUUGUUGAACCCGUUAAUCACAUUCGGGCUGCCGGGUUUUAGUCAAUCGAACCUCUAUGCCAACCUUUUAUCAAUGGUGCCUGAAGCUAUUGGUGUUUUGGUUAUUCUCGUGCUAUUUUCAACAGUGUUCACUUUACUCUUCGAUACGCCCUACCAAAAUUUAUCCAGACUGCUGAUCGUUCAGCAAACGAAGAAAAAACUUUCUUAGUAAUUAUAUAAUCGUAUAAAACUAAUUUUUACGCUAUUUUAAUAUGUGUUGAAUCAACACUGUUGGAAUAAUAAAUUUUUUGAUAUUGAUAAGUUA